UCCGUGUAGUGACCGAAGAGUCCACCGAACCUCCCGCCUCCUGGCGCAGCGCGCUGCGUUUGGACACCUGUCAGAACGCCGCCAUGCACGCGGUUUCCAAAGCAACCGUGGGCGACGUGAGGCCUCGACCCGGAAGUAGACAUCCCUCCCGGGGGCGGGCCAGAAGCGAAAAAAUGACUUCCGGGUCGCAGCAGCGCGGGCGCUCACGUGGGGUCGUUUGGCUUGCGGGUGCACCAGGAAUGGUCACCAAGACUCAGAAAGUAGACCUGGGCCCCCAGCUCCCAGAGAAGAAGAAAAAGAAGAAGAAGAGAAAGAAGGCGAUGGUUACAGAGGUCACAGAACCGGAGACUCAAUACUCAGUCUUAAACAAUAAUGACUAUUUUGUUGAUAUUUCUCCUCCAAGAGUCACAUCCCCCUCCAACAGUGUGGGUGAAGGACAGGACCCUGAGACAUCACUGGGCAAGAGAAAGAAGAAGAAAAAGUCCCCUAGUGCUCACUUGGAGGAGCACCUGGAGUCUGAGGCCACACAGAGAGGAUGGAAAAAGUCCCCCAGCCCUAGAAGGCUGGUUUGUGAGCAGUCAGCAGAAUGCCUCAGUGGAGAGAAGAAAAAGAAGAGGAGGAAGUCCUUACCACCAGCCACCUCCCAAGGCUCAGUGCUGAAGACCUCCCCAGACCCCAAGCGUGCUGAGGAAGUAAGCAAAGCCAGUAAGAAGGCCAAAAAACACAGGAAGGAAAAAAAGGUUCUGGACGUUGAGGCCUGUCCUCCCCAGGACUCUUGGUUCUAUGAGGCUGGGGAUGCUCUGUGCCCAUGCUCAGGGGAGACAGAGGGUGAGGAGCAGGCGGCCUUGGGGCAGAAAAGGAAGCAGGGGAGCCCCAGAGAGCACAGCACAAAGAAAAAAAAGAAGAAGACCCACCAAGAGGGAGAUACCCUCCCGAUCCACGCCAAGGUCUCCGUAGAGAGCAGCCUGAAGAAAGGAAGUAAGAAGUCACUCAAAAGCGAAGCUUUGGACUACAUCCCGAUAGACAGCCCAAAGGCCCCUGGGAAGAAGAAAGUGAAAUCCAGGAAAAAGGUGGACCAGCCAGACAGUGAAGGGCUGGCUGUGAAAAGGAAGAAAAAGAAGAGGAAAGACAGUGGAGUAAAGGAAGACCACUGGCAGGAGGAAGAAGAGGAGUCGGACACAGACCUGGAGGUGGUACUGGAAAAGAAAGGCAACAUGGAUGAGGCCUGCAUAGAUCAGGUGAGGCGGAAGGCCUUGCAAGAGGAGAUUGAUCGUGAGUCGGGCAAGACAGAAGCUUCAGAACCCAAGAAGUGGACGGGAACCCAGUUUGGCCAGUGGGACACUGCUGGCUUUGAAAAUGAAGAGCAGAAGCUGAAAUUCCUGAAGCUUAUGGGUGGCUUUAAGCAUCUGUCGCCGUCAUUCAGCCGCCCUCCCAGCAUGACUAGCAGGCACAACAUGGCUCUGGACAAGAAGUCUUCAGACACACUCCAGCAGAAUCUGCAGCAGGACUAUGAUCGGGCCAUGAGCUGGAAGUACAGCCGUGGGGCUGGCCUGGGCUUCUCCUCUGAGGCUCGCAAGGUCUUCUACAUUGACCGGAACGCCUCCAAGUCUAUUAAGUUGCAAGAUUAAACUUUAUUGCCCUGUUCCUAAAACUGCAUUCUUGAUCAGUUUUCCAUCUGCCAAGCUGGCUUGGAUCAGUCACCUGCAGAUAUUGAGGACCACUCGUGAUGAGUUUUGGACGAGCAGGUGGAAGCUGCUUAUGUCAGGAACCAGUACCAGUGGCUAAACCUCCUAUUUUCUGUUCUAAACCUUCCACCUCCUUGGGUGAAAGUGUUUUAGUAAUAGUAGCUAGCAGUUGUUGGCAUGUGCAGGGCCCUGACUAAGGUGUUUUCCUUGCAUUGAUGUAUUUAAACCUAAUUACGGAAUGGGUGCUAUUCUCAUCACCUCUUAAGUUCAGGGAUAAAGUAAUAAAAUGCCCAGGGUCACCUCCGCCAAGUGCCAUCAAGAGUACAUCACACAGCUUCACUCAGUGAUCAGUGAAUGGAGAAAGCAAGUGUUGUGCCAUGUCUUCCAUGGGGACCAACAAAUUUGUUUUUCCUCUGGAGAUAGACCUCUGAGCUGGAGGCUUUCCAGCUGUCAUCCUUCCGUCUGAGUGCAGUGCUUGGAUUUGAUGUUUCUACACAUGGAUUGAAUGUCAUACACGGCAUUUUGGACAGCAGGUAACCUACAUGUGGACCCAUGUGAGAUCCUCAACAGUGAGUUAACACAACCUUAGACCACUUGUGUGAAGUCAAACGUAAGGACCAAUGGGAAGGAAGGUGCUUCAUCUGCUGCCGGCACCAUCCCCACCCUGAACUGCACAGCAAGCUCCAGGACGCUCCAGCUUCAGAGAGCCACACGAUGGGACUUUCUUCUACCAGCCCUUGCAGUCUGGCAUUGAGACACACAUAAGGACAUUUUCCUGUCUCUUGGUGUGGCACUUCACACGGAUACCCCAUUGCUGGCCUGCUCUCGCUUAGGCAAAAGUCCUAGCAGGGGUGGGGAGUGGAGGGAUUGAUGCUACACUCAGCCGGGACCUCCAUCCUCCAUCCUCAGCAGUUGUGUAAUUGAGCUGUCGGGAAGCUGGCAGAGGCAGUUCCAGGCUGCCCCACGGUAUUCUGGAGUUGGGAGAAAACCCUCUUUAUGGCCAAAGAAACUUCAGCAGCCUCUUGGGAAACCUUCAUGGCUUCAUUCAGUUGUGUGGAUGGUCCUGUAUCAGCCCCUCUGGUAAGGGAGAUGCCCCUCAGGCCAGCCACAGAGAGGGUGAGGUGUUCCAUACCACCACAUGGGCAGCAGUGGAGAGACCGUCUGAAGCAGCUGCCUCUCCCCACCCUGUCCCGACCCGUUGGCACGGGCCAUGACACAUCUGUUAGCAAAGACCUGUUUAGGCCACUCCCUCAGAUGAACUUGGUCUUUCAUAGAUUCAACCGCAAGGUACAAAAAAGAAGAGCCCUUCAUUCUCAGAGGACAGAAUCCUGUUUAAGUCAGCCGCUAGACCAGUGGUUCUCAACCUGUGGGCCAUGACCUCUAUGUGGGUCUCAUGUUUACGUCACAAAUCCUAACACCAACGUUACAGUUAUGAAGUAGCAACAAUAAUUUUCUGGUUGGGGGUCACCACAACAUGAGGAACAACUGUAUCAAAGGAUCACAGCAUGACAGGUUGAGAACCACAGCUCUAGACCAGUCUGGCCUUGCUCAGGACUGGGGACCAGCUGUGUAACUCCCGUAGUCACACUCCAGUUUGAGCAUGGCUUAGUGCAUCAGAAUCUUGCACAUGGCCAUGUCUGGGUGGGAGAGGGUAGCUGGGUUGUCAUCUCAUGCCACAUACACCUUGGUAGCUGUCACCCAGAUCUUUUCCUUACCUGUUACACACAUCUCAGUGCUGAAGGGCUGACUCGGGUGCUCCAUUUGCUCACCCUUCUCUAGAGAGAAUUGGAGUCUGUAAGCAAAGAAGGCUGUGGGCCUUCUUGGAAUCCAGCUUUGUCUCUGCCACUCAGUGUGGGCACUGAGGGCUGUGCUUCUGUUACCUAGGCUCCUGUCCUACCAGUAGUGGCUUGAACUAUCCCCCACCCCCACCUCCA